CGCAUGUCACGCUCCUAUGCGGGGGGUCCCUGUACGGCUAAUUGCUCGCAUAGUCUUUCUCUUCCCAUUCCAAUCCCCAAUCCAUCAGUUCCAGAUCUGAGAUCUGCGAGCCGGCCAUCCUCCUCCGCCACCGCCGACCCCGAUCCGAUCUCUACCGAGGAUUUGCUUGAUCUGAGGAUUUCCCAUGGCGUGCCUCGCCAUAUCCCUGCAGCCUGCGAAUGGCCCCGACAUCCUCCUCCAAACUCGCGAGUGGUUCCCUCCCGCCCGUGCUCUGGCUGCCCUCUCCGCCUUCCGCCAGGCUCGCUUCUCCCUCUCCUCCACCGCUGGCCCCGCCCGUGGCCAUCCCCCUUCCUCAUCCUCCGCCGCCGCCGCGGCCACCUCACUUUCCUCCUCUACCGAUGACCUUGACUCCUCUCUGGGCGACGACCCCCUCGCAGCCUCCGGCGGCCAGCUCGUCGUCGGCGUCGAGAGCAAGUACCGCGUUGUCUAUCGCCUCGUCAACUCCGUAUAUGUCCUCGGCAUCACCACCGCUGACCACCACUCCAACCUCUUUGAGUGCAUCAACACCGUCAACCAGGCCGUCUCCGUCGUCGUCGCUGCCUGUCGCGGCGUCGACGUCACCCCAGAGAAGCUUCACCGCAAGUACCCCGAGGUGUACAUGGCCCUAGACAUCCUUCUCCGCGGCGUUGGAAGCGUCCGUCUCGCUUACAUCCUCUCCUCCAUCCAUGGCGACAACAUCGCCAAGAUGGUCCAUACCGCCGUCGAGGCGGAUAACCGCGUCCGUGGUGCUGAUUCUUGGGCUGGCGGUGCGGAGUCUCUCGCUACCGAGCGUCGUGCCAACCUCGACGCUUUUUCUUCUGCCUCCUUCGAGCUCCCCACCGAGACCAUUGCUGCUGGUGACGAGGUCGCAGCCACCAUCGCCCCUGCCGUUCCCUCUCUACCGGAGGAUCAGAAGGACCAGCCGGAGGAGGCCACUCCCGAGCAGAAGGACCCCUUCGCGGCUAGCGAUCGCGUCGAUAAACCCGACGAGGCCCUCGUCGGAGGCUUCAAGAAGAACAAAGAUCUGGCCGCCAGCACUGCGGAUCCAACUCUCGCCCUGGCAGGCCUCGAGGUCACGGCGCUUCCUCCGGCCGAAGCCACGAAGCCCACGUUCAUCGGCGUGGAAGGAUUUGAAGGCGAAUACGGAGGGAUAGAGUUUGGCAACGAGGAGGCCUCCCUUUCGGAAGCGUUCGAAGGAAUCGAAGGGAACACCCCCUUCGGCGGUGGGCUUGACGCCUCAGAGUUCAUCACAACCACAAAGAAGAAACCCCAAACCGAGGGUCUCACAGGUCUCGAACUGCUCGCCACCGGUGCGAGCCCUGCAGCUGCCACCGCUGCCGCAGCAGGAGCCGGCACGCCACUCGAGAAUCUAUUGGUAACGAAGACAAAGGAGAUGACUAGCCCCGAGAUGUACAUCGCUGAGGAAAUCAACGUCGAGUUCAAGGAGUCUCUUCUUUCUCGUGUGGGCUUGAAAGGCACCAUCUUUCUCCGAACACUGCCACCGAAAAAGGCUUCUGGGAAGGAGACAGAGUUCUCUUUCCGACUCGAAGGCACAUCCUGCAUCAAGAGGGCUGCGCUGCAAAGUUCUCGUAUAAGCAGCCUCGAGAACGGGUUGUUUCACGUCAGAACUCCAUCCAUGGAAGAACCCAUUCCUCUUCUUCUAUAUAGCUUGCAGCCUCGAUCGACCCCAAUACCACUGAGGAUUCGCCUUGUGAAGCGCCACACUGGAAAACUUCUCAGAGCAAUGAUACAAUAUGUAUCCAACCCAUCGUUGCUCACGCCAUUGACCAACGUAACGUUUACCUUGAAGCUUCCUGUAGAGCCGACGCUGCUUGAGGUAGCGCCAAAGGCAAUCCGUGCAGAGAGGGAGAUCAGGUGGCACAUCCCUGAUAUCCCUCCCAAGGGUGCUCCAGGCCGGUUGAGAGCAAGAAUGCCAGUCGAUCAGGAUUCGGCAGAAGGUGAACUUGAAGUUGUCGGGAUGGUGAAGUUCUCUGUUGAAGGAGCUACAACGCUGUCAGGCAUAUCUCUGAGACCAGUUUCGGAUGGCAUUGCAAACUUCAAUGAGGUUAGCCAUUUUUUUGCUAGUGGAACAUACAUAUGCUGUUGAUCAGCAUCAAAAGCUCACUUUGUGAUUGCUUACAUUCGUUUGUUCCACAACCAUUUAUCGAGUUGCUGAGCAUGAUGGAGUUGCAGGUGCAAUAAUUCAGUAUUUGGUUUAUGUGAUCCAACUACCUCCCUUUUUAUAAGCAAGUUUUCUUCUGGCUUUGUUAUCCUAUGGAGCUUUGUGCACUAUCUCUGAAACAUUGAACAGUUUUAAGAAAAUAUUUCUCUGUAUUUGAUCUUUGGAAAUUUUCUGCAUUUUAAAUUCUUAAAAGCAUGAAACAUUCACAGAAUUAGUUGAACUUAUUUUCUGCAUUUGAACUAGGAUGAUAUGCUGUAUUUGAUUCUUGUUUUGAGUUUUUGCCCAUUUUUAUUAGUUACAAGCAUGAACAUUAUUCAGCAGAUUAGUUAGUAACCCUUCGGCAUUUGAAUUUUUCUAUAAUACAAUACUGUGCUCAUUAUCACUCAGAUUCAGCAUAUAUAUAUAUAUAUGCUCAUUCUUCCAACUCUUAUUCAGCAUAGAUUGCUUCCAUUGGAGGUUUUUAAUUUUUGCCAUGCAUAUCUAUCGUAGCAUAUGCAUAUGCAAAAGCUUAACGAGGCCUAUUUUUCAUGAAUUAGCUUAAAGUAGAUUUGCAGGUUUAGGUUCCUGAUUUUUACCACAGGUCGGUUAAAGCAAAUAGGAAGAACAUGUGAUCCAAGUGAUCCACCUUAAGAAACUGGUGCUACGCGUGUAAUUGGGCUCUUAUUAGUGACCAUGUAGUGAAGUACUUACAGUUCUCCAAAGAAACAGUUAUAUUAGGCAGCAAUCAUAGCUGCUGGAAUUAUUAUUACAGAAAGUGAAACAUGUCAGCUUCAUGGUUUUGUUUUU